CUGGAUCCCAUUCCAAAACAUUUACUGUGACUGAGCAGCAGCAAUGACUGAGAUUCUGGAGGAGCGGCCUAUCGGCCCGCAGUAUUCCAAUGUCUAUCUCUCGAUUUUUGUCCUUUUUUGCUUCAAACUCUUUGUCAAGAUCAGUUUAAAUAUACUGACCCACUUCUACGUGGUUAAAGGAAACCGUAAGGAGGCGGCCCGGAUCGCAGCCGAGUUCUAUGAUUUUGGCCAAGGGCACAGUUCAUGGGCAGAUCGUUCUCCACUCCAUGAAGCUGCAUGUCAGGGUCGACUGCUGGCCCUGAAGACCCUUCUCUCUCAGGGUUAUAGUGCAAAUAUCAUCACCAUUGACCAUGUCACUCCACUGCACGAAGCUUGUCUCAGAGAUCAUGUAGCCUGUGCCAGGGCUCUCAUUGAGGCUGGUGCCAAUGUAAAUGCCACGACCAUUGAUGGUGUGACCCCGCUGUUUAAUGCCUGCUCAGCAGGUAGUGUCACCUGCACAGAGGUGCUGUUAGAACAUGGAGCAAAAAUACAGGCAGAAGCGUGCCAACCUUCACCCAUUCAUGAGGCCUCCAGCAAAGGCAAGGCAGCAUGUGUAGAGGCUCUCAUCGCAUGGGGAGCAGAUGUAGAUUAUGACAUCCCGCAUCUAGGAACACCACUUUACAUUGCCUGUAUGUCCCAGGAACUCCAGUGUACACAGAAACUUCUGGAUGGAGGAGCCAAUGUGCAGAAGGGCCGUUUCCUGGACACGCCCCUGCAUGCUGCAGCACAGAAGGAUUGUCCAGAAAUCAUAAGAGUCCUGCUAGAAUUCGGGGCUAACAUCAACACUCGCAACCUGGAACUACAAAAGCCGGUGGAGACAGCACCACCCAGCAGUACAGCAGAGGGCAUGCUCCUGCUUUAUGAGGCCACACCAGUGUCUCUAUGUCAGCUGUGUCGACUGAGUAUCCGAAAUUACAUGGGCCGAUCCAGACUGCACCUGAUCCCUCAUCUCAAACUGCCUACGUUGCUCAAGAGUUUUCUCCAGUACAGAUAGACUCUCUAUUCUCUGUUUUCAUAAAUUAAGUGCAUUAAUAUAUGAAAGGUACCCAACCAUGUUUGUGACUACUAAAAAACACUAUCAUGUUGGCCAUUCUUUUCACUUCAGAUAUAUUCAAAUAUUUUUUUUAAUUUUUUUUUUAAUAUAAUAUACAGUAUAUUUUGUGCAACUAAUGAACAUCACUUAUAUUUUGGUAAAUAAUAUCUAUAUUAGUCAUUCGUAACCUGUGCAUUUUGUCAAUGUUAGCUGCAUGCGUAAUGUGAUAACACUGUGUAACAAUUUUUUAUUUUAUUUAUUUUUUUCUGGGUAGUAAGUGUAAUUUCCUAAUUGCUUAUUCCUCAAAAGUAUUGAAAAUGGCUAUUAUUCCCCACAAAC